CCCUUUCAGUCAGCAGCACUCGUUCAGCAGCAUCCCACCAUCACCAGUCUCUGUUUGUUGGUUGAAGUCUUGGUGGUUCAAUCAUUGAUGUAGAAGUAAGAACAUCUAGGACUGAAUCUGUACUUAAAACAGUUUUUCCUGGUGGAUCUGGCUGCGUCACGUUUUCACAAGCAGUUACUCUCAUUUUCAUUAUGGUGACCAGAAAAUCAUGUUCCUUUUACUAAGUGAUAUAAACAAAUAGGCAGGAAAUGGGAGGUUGCUGUUGUUCUUCCCGCAAGCCUCAAUUUCAUGGAACUCCUGUAUUUUACUAUUGCCCAUCCGUGUCGGAGGAACACGAGUCCCUGACUUCUAAUGACAGUGUUGCAACUGCACUCACUGCUGGUUUCCUGGUUGAUUUGAAUCUUGAUACAUCAAUUCCUGACACUUUUCGAUCCCCACCCACACCUAUUCCAUUUGAUGUGGUUUUGGGCCGUCCACCAACUGAUUCUAAUUCUGCUGGAGAACCAGGCAAUGCAAGCAGCUUUGAGACAGAUAUACCUGUAGAGAAUAAAGAAUCUGAUUUGAAAGCUGAACCUGGCUUCCUUCUUGCCACUACUAAAAAAAUUGGAAAUGAGCUUCUGAAAUCAAGCCCUCACUUAAAUUCAUUGACUCCAGAUGAAGAAGCUGAUGUUUGUCCUACAUGUCUUGAAGAUUAUGAUGCGGAGAAUCCUAGAAUCGUCACCAAAUGUAAUCAUCAUUUUCAUCUCUCUUGCAUACUGGAGUGGAUGGAAAGAAGUGACACUUGUCCCAUAUGUGAUCAGGAAAUGAUCUAUGAAGCUUUGUGAUGCCAUCAGAUUGAAGUGUCUUGGCCUUGAGAUGUCAAGGCAUGGCAACUUGAAUUUUGAAGGGUUGCCUAAGAAGUUAAUUUGUCCACACCAUGGGGUGGGGUGGCCAAGAGAUUCAUUUUCGUAUAAUUCUUAAUAAUUCUGUGCAUUAUGUGCAUAUUUUGAAAUGUCAAUGUAAGUUCAUAUUUUGAUCAAAUUCGGAAGGCAUCUCAAUUCUGGGGAGCUAUUAACGUGAAAGAAGAGGGGCACUAGUGGAAGGAAGGAAGCUCCUUUCACUUUAGGACACCAGAUGCCAUAUCUUUAACAGAUUGGCAUUUUAUGCAUUGAAGGACAGCGUAGCUGGUUGAUCUUUUUAUCCUGUACAGAGAAAACUAUGAGCGAUGUUGAAGGGUGCAAACUCAGGCUCAUGCUCGUGGACUCGAGAGAAACAGUCACUUUUGCUUUUGAUGUCUGGAAGAUCACUGACAUUACUCGAUUUCUCAUGGAUUAAUCCUUCUGAUACUACUGUUUAUCGUUUAUCAAUUGACAUAAUGCUGUACAAAUUUCAUCUUCUGAUAUCAGUUAGGAUGAUACAUGCAUUCAGCCAUGUUGCUUCGUUUGACUGGUUUCAAGAUUUCAUACCCGGACCAAGUUGAAUUCUUGUUAUUUAAGGUGUUUAAGAGGCAAAACUAUAUAAUAUUAGAUGGCUAAAUUGAAAAUUGAAUUGACA